AUGGCCAUGGAUGAAACAUUAAUCUCCACUAUUAACAAGCUUCAGGAUGCCUUGGCUCCACUUGGAGGAGGAUCUUCGUCGCCAGUUGACUUACCACAAAUUACCGUAGUCGGUUCGCAAUCUUCUGGGAAAUCAUCGGUAUUGGAAAACAUCGUUGGGCGUGAUUUUUUACCUAGAGGUACCGGUAUUGUGACCAGAAGACCGCUUGUGCUUCAAUUGAUUAACAAAAGACACCAAAGCGGUAAACCUGGUGUCAACGACACGGAGGAUCUCCUCAACUUAUCGACUACCAACGCAAACGGAGAGAAGUCAGAGAAUAACGCCGAAGAGUGGGGUGAAUUCCUUCAUUUGCCAAACAAGAAGUUCUUCAACUUCGAAGAUAUCAGAACUGAAAUUGUCCGUGAAACUGACGCCAAGACUGGUAAAAAUUUGGGGAUCUCUCCUGUUCCAAUUAACUUGAGAAUCUACUCUCCUCAUGUCUUAACAUUGACCUUGGUUGAUUUACCUGGUUUGACCAAGGUUCCAGUUGGUGACCAGCCAAAGGAUAUUGAAAAGCAAAUUAGAGAAAUGAUCAUGAAGUUCAUCUCCAAGCCAAACGCCAUCAUUCUCUCUGUUAAUGCUGCAAACACCGAUUUGGCCAACUCUGAUGGUUUGAAAUUGGCCAGAGAAGUAGACCCAGAAGGUUCCAGAACUAUUGGUGUCUUGACCAAGGUUGAUCUUAUGGAUCAAGGUACUGAUGUUAUUGACAUUCUUGCUGGUAGAGUUAUUCCACUCAGAUUUGGUUACGUUCCAGUUAUCAACAGAGGUCAGAAGGAUAUUGAAAGUAAAAAGACUAUCAGAGAUGCAUUAAAGGACGAACUGAAUUUCUUUGAGGGACACCCUUCAUACAAGGCUAAGGCACACUACUGUGGUACUCCUUACUUAGCUAAGAAACUUAAUGGUAUCUUGCUUCAUCACAUUAAGGGGACAUUACCAGAUAUCAAGAUGAGAAUCGAACACUCUUUAAAGAAGUACCAAAAUGAGUUACUGAUGUUGGGUCCUGAAAUGAGCGAGAGUCCUACAUCAAUUGCCCUUAAUAUGAUCACUAACUUCACCAAGGAUUAUAAUGGAAUCCUUAGCGGAGAACUGAAGGAACUUUCUCUGCAAGAAUUGAGUGGAGGUGCCAGAAUCUCUUAUGUCUUCCAUGAAAUCUUCAAGAACGGGAUUCAGACUUUAGAUCCUUUUGAUCAAAUUAAGGACGCUGACAUCAGAACUAUCAUGCAUAACACCAGCGGUUCAGCACCAUCACUUUUCGUGGGCACACAAGCCUUUGAAGUUCUUGUUAAGCAACAAAUCCAUAGAAUGGAAGACCCUUCCAUCCGUUGUAUUAACCUUGUUUUUGAUGAGUUAGUCCGUAUCUUAUCGCAAAUCAUUAGCCAACCACAAUACGCUCGUUAUCCUGGCUUAAAGGAACAAUUGAGUCAGUGCUUCAUUCAAUUCUUGAGGGAUGAGUUAAUUCCUACUAAUACAUUUGUCUCCGAUAUAAUUCAAGCAGAGGAAACUUAUGUUAACACCGCACAUCCAGACUUACUAAAGGGUUCUGAAGCAAUGUCCAUCGUUGAAGAAAAGUUCCACCCUAAGCCUCAAUUGGCAGUUGACCCAAAGACUGGUAAACCAUUACCACCAAGUCAACAACCUCAACAACAAGCUAAACCUGCUGGAAUGGACGGAACUGAUGGAGCAAACGGUUUUUUCGGGGGAUUCUUCCUGUCUAAGAAUAAGAAGAGACUUCAAUCGAUGGAAGCACCACCUCCAGUUCUCAGAGCAACAGGACAAAUGUCAGAAAGAGAAACCAUGGAAACUGAAGUUAUUAAGCUUCUCAUCUCUUCCUACUACAACAUUGUUAAGAGAUCUGUGUCAGAUAUAGUUCCAAAGGCUAUCAUGUUAAAGUUAAUUGUAAGGUCCAAGGAAAAUAUUCAAAAGGAAUUGUUGGAGAAAUUGUAUAAUUCUCCAGACUUGGCCAGUUUGGUUAAGGAAAAUGAACUUACCGUUCAAAAGAGAAAGGAAUGCUUAAAGAUGGUUGAAGUAUUGAGAAAUGCAAGUGAAAUCGUUUCCAGUGUGUAG